CGUCAAGAAUUCAGAAGAGUACUCGUAAAUCUAUUUUAAGUAUAUAUAAUAAAUUUGAAUCAGUACACAAAGAUGAGAAUAAGAGUAAGACUGAUAAGAUGGAAGUUGUACACAAAGUUGAUAAAAAUUUGUGUGUAAAACCUAAUCGAAGAAAUGAUAAAGUUAUUGAGUCCUCAGUAGUACAGAAUGAUUCAAGUACACCAAAAAUUUGUAUAUCAAAGCAGGAUACUUGGAAACCAUCUAUGAAAAUGAGAAUCAAUAUCCUAGCUAAACCAGUUACACCAUUGCAAGAAAUCAGAACUAAGUUGCAUGUCAGUGCAGUACCUAAGUCAUUACCUUGCAGAGAAGAAGAGUUUAAUAAUAUUUACACAUUUCUAGAAACCAAACUAACAGAUAAUAGUGGAGGAUGUAUUUAUAUAAAUGGCGUCCCAGGUACAGGAAAAACUGCUACUGUAAAUGAGAUUGUAAAAUGUCUAAACAGAUCAGUUAAAAAAGGUAAAUUAAACCGUUUUGAUUUUGUUGAGAUUAAUGGUAUGAAAUUAUCUGAGCCCCGGCAAGCCUAUGUACAAAUUCUAAAGCAAUUAUCUGGGAAAAUUUUAACAUGGGAACAAGCGUAUAAUACGUUAGAAAAAGUAUUUAAUAGCAAUGCUAAAAGGCCAAUGACAUUGCUACUUAUAGAUGAGCUUGAUUUAUUAUGUACAAAACGACAGGAUGUAAUAUAUAAUCUUUUGGACUGGCCUACAAAAGCCUCUGCUCGAUUAGUAGUCAUUACUAUUGCCAAUACUAUGGAUCUUCCAGAAAGAGUUUUAAUGGGUAGAGUCACAUCGCGAUUAGGUCUUACUCGAGUAACUUUUGAACCAUACAAUUAUAAACAAUUAUAUGAGAUAAUAUUAAUCAGACUUAAAAACACAGACAUUUUUGAAAAUGAAAUUAUACAGUUAAUUGCACGUAAAGUAUCUGCAGUAUCAGGUGAUGCUCGCCGAGCUUUGGACAUUUGUCGUCGAGUGGCAGAAAUUACUGAAACACGCAAUAAUACUACAGUAAGCAUACAAGACGUAAAUGAAGCUUUGUCGGAGAUGAUAAUAAAUCCAAAAGUUCAAGCGAUAAAACAUUGCUCGAAAUUCGAGCAAAUAUUCUUGCAAGCCGUAUGUGUAGAAAUUAAACGAAUUGGUGUAGAAGAAGUUUGUUUCAUAAAUGUUUAUAGACAGUUUGAAUCUUUAUGCUCUUUUGAUGGGUACAAAACACCUAAUAUUAGUCAAACUCUUGAUAUUUGCGCAAAACUGGGUGAUUAUAGAUUGCUAAUUUGCGAAUAUGCAAGUAACGAUAUAUAUAAAAAAGUUCUAUUAAACAUAUCAAAGGAUGAAAUACAUUAUGCGCUACAAAAAAUUGAUUUUAAUUAA